ACGUGUUCCUGGAGGAGGGAGCAAUUCUGGCUGCUGGACUCCUUUAGAGCCUGGUGUUGACUGCCAAGCGCGGCCGGAAGUCACGACAGCACGGGGCAGCGUGGGCUCGCGUCGUCACGAAUGCCACGACAGACAUCCACUUCGACAUCUGACAUCUUCCCCGACGGACCCUACGUUGCAGCUCACUCCAGUCUUCUUUCGAUAACAACUCCUUCGAUGAUGCAGGCACGGGCGGUAUGGAUUCAAACACCCCGUCCCGCUCCCUAAGCUCCAUCAGCCUCGCUGCCGACAGCAAUGCAUCCUCCACGCACGUAUCCAUCGACCCCUCGGCUGUUGAGAAGGAAGCAAAGGCAGCGCAGAUCACCGCGGCCUGCCAGGGCGGAGAUCUCAGCGCCUUGAUUGAUCUGGCAACGAGCGCCCAUGGACUGGUCAAUGACAGGCUGCGUUGCACCGCCUGGCCUCUUUUGCUGGGUUGCAACAACGACGUCUCGAGCAAUCAGCCCCCGUGGAGCACGCUCCCCCCUCACCGAGACGAAAACCAGGUCGCAUUGGACGUCAAUCGCGCAUUCGUGUACUACCCCAACGAAUCCGAACGAAAACUGGACGUGCGGAAAGAGGAGCUCUCGGACGUAAUAGUCGAGGUCCUCCGUCGAUAUCCCCUGCUGUGCUACUUUCAGGGCUACCACGAUAUCGUCCAGGUCUUCCUCCUCGUUCUGGGUGCCCAAGAUGCCCCCUCUGCAGUUGCCCGUCUGAGCCUUCUUCGCAUCCGCGAUUUCAUGCUUCCGUCGCUCGAUCCUGCAAUCUCCCAUCUCCAGCUGCUACACCCGAUCAUCCACGCUGCAGACCCGGCCCUGUACAACCAUCUGCCGAGAAUGCAGCCCUUCUUCGCGCUGGGCGCCACCAUCACCCUGUUUGCGCAUGUCAUCCAGGCGUAUGGAGAUAUUGCGAGGCUGUUCGACUUCUUCCUGGCGUCCGACACGGUUGUCCCCGUCUACUUCUUUGCGGCCGUCCUCAUCUCGCGCAAAGAGGAGUUGCUGGAGAUUGACAAGGACGAGGUAGAUAUGUUCCAUGCCACGCUUGGGAAGCUUCCGCAGCCCCUAGACCUAGAGCUUCUCAUUGCUCAGGCAGCCGACUUGUACAGCACGCAACCACCGCAGUCGUUACACAGCUGGGCGUGGUGGAGAGUGUCUUCUUCUAGUGUUCUCAAAGCCUCGAGGACACCUCUGGAAGUUUCGAGGCUGACCAUGGAAGACGGGAAGAUCUUGUUCCGACAGCAAGAGGUAGACUUGCGACGCAAACAGGCCUUUGCGCAGGCCGCGAAGAGCGUGAAGCGGGCCCGAAGCCAGAUGUGGUAUUACAGAAGGCCGGGUGCCUACGGUCUCGCAGUCGUUGUUGGUGUAUAUGCGCUCUGGUUGGGCAGAAACGGAGGAGUUAGUGCCAGGUUGGUGAGUUUUGGACCGAUCGGUGGCUUUAUUAAAAGAACGAUGGGCAUGUUUGUAUAGACCACAAGGCUUUCUUUGGUAGGAAAAGCCGUCCAAGUAUUAACUGGGUUUGGAUAGAUGGUUUGGAGUACAAACUCCUGGGAAAAGUUAUGUUUUGGGUUCUGUCAGAAGAUUUCAUUCGUCAAUGAGAAUAGAUGGACAGCAUCGAUCGUGCGAACUAUGGAACUAUCAGCGUUCUACCCG